AUGGGCUCUCCGGUCGAUGUCGUGUAUGUAAAAACGCUACUGGGAAAAUUGGGAGAGAUUUUACAGGAUGAGUACUCUGAAAGCGCCAGAAUAGACGCCAAACUCAAAGAGCUAGGCGCCAAUGUGCGAGAGGACCUGAAUCUGAUGGUGUCGGAAAGCCGUGGAUCGAGCGAAGAGACUGGCGUAAGCCUCGAUUUAGACGAGGAAUCUCAGGAAAUUGCCAGGCUUGAGGCAGGCAACUGGAAAAUCCUUCAGCGAUUACAGAGACAAGACUAUAUCAACGAGUGUUACGAGGAGGUUUUGGCGAAAGACGAAGAUCUGCUUGCAUUGAUCAAGGCAUCUGUGUCGACCAAAAAGAACUACGAUAUGCAUCACAAGAGUGGAUAUGAUGAUUUGUUCAGAGAGAAGAUGGAGUCUUUGGACAAGGAAGUGCAACUGCUGAGGAGUCGGCUCGAGGAAUUUGAGAGUGCAAAAGCGAAGGCUAAGAAAAGAAUAGCCUCGAAGGCUCGUUUGGUUGACGAUGGAGAGAAAGAAUGA